AUGUCGUCAAAACAGGGAAGAAAAGAAUCCCGAAAGAUCGAAAGUCUUCAGCACGAGGUUCUGCUGUUGAAACAAAGGUUCGACAAUCAGCAGAACGAGUCUCACACGCUCCCCAGGCCGUCCGCUGCACCCGUCAGUGAUGGUUCCCCUUCGAACUCCCUUGACUUCAGAACAACUGCUUCGGGUCAGAGUCCGACUCUGCAACAAAAUCUACCUUCUCUAUCACGCAAGCGCACACGAAGUCAAUUCGAGGUCGAGGACGGCUGCGUCCCGAACUUCGUUGCCAAAGGUCUUGUCAGCACAGAACAAGCCGAACUCUUCUUCGAAGCCUUCUUCCAAGGCUGCGACCGCUUUGUAACUAUCUUUGAUCCUCUUCAUGACUCGUUCCAGUCAAUUACUGCUAGGAGUUCCUUUCUGCUCGAUGCUAUAAUAACAGUCGGCUCUUCCGUGGUGGAUGACACAAACCCGUCAUUGUCCACUGUGCUCCAUUUCCAACUCAAGAAGAUGGUGAACCUUGUCAUCAUCAAUCAAGAGCAUGCCUGCUUGGAGACAGUCCAGGCCCUCUUGAUAAUAGCCUGCUAUUCCGCAGAGCGUUCGUUAAUCCUGGCCUUCGCGACCAGGAUGGCGGUCGACAUAGGCUUGCCAGAUGCAUACGAAGAGCUGACCAGGAGACUGGUAAAUACAGACACGGCAGAUAUCUCGGAUGAUUCGACCCUGGAUGAUGCAGCGCUCAUGCGACGAGCUAGAGCCUGGUUCCAAUUGAUGGUGCUAGAACAGAUUCUUCGCGUCGACGCGGGAAAUAUUCGGGCAUUUCAGCUCCGAGGCAAAGCACGACGAUGUCGCAUACUCUUGAAUCAGCCUUUUUCGACCGUUCUGGAUCUCCGGCUCCUUUCCCAGGUGGAAUUGAAUGCACUCCGUGCCAAGUACCAUGAAUCUUUGUCGAUGUGUAGCAAAGGUGACACGGACGAGGUAAUGUCAACAGUUCGAGAUGCCCAGAUCGACAUCGAUAUAUGGUUUGAUGACUGGCAGAGCAUCAUGAAGCGCGUGCCGGUCAAAGAGACUCCUGUCCUUCUCCUCAACUUGGAAAUUCAGCAGUAUUGGGCGAAGGUCGUGGUGCUAUGUCGAGCGAUCCGGGUCUUGGGUAUCGAAAACAUUAGCGAAAUGUCGGACAGUCAAAGACAUCUGUUGUCUACCGCGAAGGUUUCACUCAAGAAACAUUUGCGUGUUAUCCUCGAUCAACCGCAGAAUUAUCUAGCUCAUUUUCGCUAUGCGAUGGACUUUGUAUGGGCCAAGGCAGCAUAUUGUUUCUUGUUGCUGCUGAAACUGGCGCGGUUAUUACCAGAAGACGACGCUGCUUUCAACCUUCAGCUCCUGAACGAUGGCUACGCCCUGCUGAGUCAGCUCAACAAAGCUGGAGGCGGGUCAUCCAGCGGUGGUGGGAGAAGCCAAACCAGCAGAAUGUACCUGCAAGUACUCCAGACGAGUGUCCAGAAGUUCGCCCGAGCAGUCCAGGAAGAUCCAAUGAACGCGCAAACUCUUCCCAUAGAACAAUCAUCAAUGGCCACGACUGACAGUGCGUCGCCCUUCAAUUUCUUCUGGAGCGGAAGCAGCUAUAAUACACAACAGGAGAUCGACUCAUUCGUUCCAGAACAAUUUGUGUUCGAGUGGGACUUUCCAGGCCUGACACUCUUCUCUUCUUCGGGGGUGGGAGACAGCUUCCUAGAGGAGUUCCUUCUGGGUCCCAACGUUGACACGGAUUCUUGGUUCCUAGGCGCGCCUGGAUAG